ACCACUUGCUACUUUAGAGAUACUUCUAGGAAAGGAAACCAAGAGUCACACACACAAGCUGUUUCAAUGACUUUUUAAACUGGAGGGAGCUAAACAGAUUGAGAUACAGAGUUGCGCUGCAUGAAUGAACGUGUGUGCAUGUGAAUGAGUUGGAAGUGUUUAUUUUGCACCAUGAGUGUCAAAAGCAGGAGAUUCUCAUUGGACAGCUCUGUCUGUCUGGACGGAGUCGGAAUGCUUGGCGUAAGAAGAGGCAGCAGCAGGUUUAGCAGUAAGAAAUCCAGACAAAGCCAGAGCCUGGAUGAUGCCCGGCUGGAGAUCCAGGAGCUUAAUCACAGCCUCACUUCCAACACAUCCUUCAGGGAACAGACCAUAGCAGAGGAGAGUCUUGAGCGAUCAAAUGAACUCAUCAACAAUCAUAGCAUCCUGAAGCACAAGAAAAGCUUCCACAAGCUGUUUCCAGAGAUUCCUGAGGCAGAAAACCUGACACACAUGUUCAUCUGUGCCUUGCAGAAGGAGGUGUUAUAUCAUGGAAAACUGUUUGUUUCUGAGAACUACGUGUGUUUCCACUCCUCCGUGCUGCUCAAAGACACCAAGGUGGUGAUUCCCACGUCCAGUGUCAGGGGGGUGAAGAAACAUAACUCAGCUUUGUCCAUGUUGUCAAUCCAAACUGCUGAUGGAGAGAAGUACUCAUUUGUGUCUUUGAGGAAUCGUGAGGUUUGCUACAAACUACUCCACAGUGUCUGCUCACAGGCACAGCAGGGAGAGAGUCAAAACAGCAGUCCUCAUCUGUCUUCUGCAGAGAAUGAAGCUGAGCAUGACGUGGUCUCCAGUUAUUCCAGUUUGGACGACAGCAUAGAUCAUGAUCUGAGCAGGCAAAACAGCAUCAAUCUUGACAACGGUUUUUCUCAGAUGUCCAGUGAAGCUCCCAUGAGAAGCAAUUCCACUUAUGAAAGCAGCUUAACAGAUGAAGAUGACUCAGCUACAUCAUGGGUUUGGAAGUUCAUCGAGUCAGUUGCACCGUUCUUCAGAGAAAUAAGGAAUCUCGGCAUUCUCUUCUACAUCUACAUGAUGCUACUUGUGUUGCUGCUGAUGGCGUCCGGGUACAUCGGGCUGAGGAUCAUAGCGCUGGAGGAGCAGCUGAACACUUUGGGCGCCCUGACUGAGCUGUCUUUACACCACAGAGAGUACCAGGAAACGUAGCCAGCGGCAAAGGACUGUGCCAAACGGAUCCCUCCAGGAACUCAUGCAAUGUCCCACUCUGUUAAGAUCCUACUCUGAGCCCUGUCUAGACAGACUCCCAAAAGCAUCUUAACAUUCUGGGAGACUCUGUCCAUUUGAUAUGCACUACAUCUAAUCCAAAGAAAUGUACAAUAUUUUACACGUAUUAGUUCCCUCAAAUUAGUUAUUAAACUCCUGUAUUAGUGCCAUGUCAUGCCUGCAAUGCAACUCAGCAGUACGAUGCUUUUGGGAUGUCUGAACCAGGCCACACGUGGUGAACUACAUGGAUGACUGAGCGUGCUGGCAAAGGAGCUUCAGGACAAUAUUUUCUGUUAGGCAUGCACCGAUUCUUUGCUGACAGACCAAAAACUGAAGUGAGCUUCCCCCUGUGCUGAGCCAUAUGGAGGCAUCCUGCUGAAGCCAUGUUUAUUUCCUGGCCGGUGAACAGCUGAGCUCAGCUUGAAGAGGUUGCUGGAGUCUUGACCGUCAUUUUCUUGGAUCAGCACUACCUGCACAACAGUGAGAGCACAGCAGAGUCCAUCAAAACAGGAGGAUGAAAGAAGCACUUUGUUGAUUUUUAAAUUAAUUGUAAUUUUGAAUUUGAGGGUUCACACUGUGUAAUUUUAACUGCUGGUGUUUGGUGUUUAAGACAAAGACUGUUAAUGACAGCAGUCGGCCAGGAGAGGGCAGUCACUUCCAAUAAACUUGACUGGUACAUGAGAUACCAAGACAGGAUUUUACCUGCACCUCAUGUUCAGGCACUGAAAUUUAUUUGGAAUAUAAAUGUUACUUUUAUAUAUUUUUGCUACUGACCUUUUUGCAUAUCAAUCCUUUUGAUAAAUACUGGAGAAAUCGAUUCAUACACAUUUUGCCAAAUUGAUUCCCAUGCCUUUAAAUCAAUUUUUAAGCUUUUUGUUAAUUCUGUGUGCACAUGAAAAGUUCAUGUCAAAAUACCUGUAAAGGAUAUAUUAACAUUAUGAAAUUAUUCCUGACCUGGAAAACCCAAUUUUCCAUCAAGUAUCCAAGAUUUUUACAACUGUUUGAAGCCUGUACAGUAUCUGCACUGAUUCCAGCCAAUGGAAAGAGACUUUGUGUACAAAUCAUGUCACCCAGAUGCUAAAUGUUUUCAAGUCAUUAUACUGUAAUUAAUAAUAUUGUAUUUUUUGUAUUCACUUAUGUUUUAGUCUUAUUAACUUAUGCACUGUACAAAAAUAUAAUGACUGUUUUAAAACCAAUAAUAUCAGUUUCAUAUUUUUGUACAUAAGUGACUUUUUAUUAUUUUGUUGUCCAUAAAAAGGUCAAGAUUCA